AACUUCAUAACAAGAUGGCGACCUCCAUCGUACAGUUGUCUUGCGUCGCGUACGUAACGGCGUAGCUUCCUUUUCAACCUAGAACAUUAGUACAGCAGAAGCAGGUGUCUGCACUUGAUCAUCGGGGGGGGUGAUCAUGGAUUACCCUUAUGAAGCAAGUGAUGAGGCGAGCGAGUCGGAGCUGCUAGACAAGAGCCUUUCAAUGUGGAGAGGAUGGGGAGCUUUGGGGGAGGAUCCUACCUUCCAGCCAACACCCCUGGACCUCCACACUGCAGCAAGUAUUGGGAUGUACGACUGUGUUAAUGCCUACAUUGCCAGUGGAGAGGUGGACAUCAACCACAGGAACCGAGGCAGCUGGACCCCGCUCAUGUACGCCAGCUACAUCGGCCACGAUAAUGUGGUCAAUCUCUUGCUUGAUGCUGGGGCCGAGGUGGACUUAAGGAAUGAGAAGGGUGCCACCGCGCUGAUGCUCACAGCCAGCUGCGGCAAUGAGAGUAUUGCAUACUUCCUAGUCCAGCAAGGGGCAGAAUUGGAGAACAGGGACCACAAGGGAUGGACGACCCUCUUCUAUGCAACAUACGCCGGCCAUCAAAAGGUGGUUCAGUUUCUUCUGGACAAUGGUGCUAACGUCAAUGCAAGGGAGCCACGACUUGGCAUCACCCCAUUCAUGAUGGCUGCAGCCGAGGGACAUGAAAUUAUCGUGAAUUUGCUGCUGGAGCAUGGUGUUGAUGUGAACCUGAAAAAUGCAAGCGGUGAGACAGCACGCUCCCUGGCUCUCCUGAAUGGUCACAUGAAGAUCAUUGGUCUCAUCGACAGCCAAGUGAUGUUCCCCAGCAGUGUCCGCAGUGAAUCAGGUCAGCCUCCAGCAGUGGAUUUGUCAUCGUCCGAUGAAAGCUAUCAACGACCCAACCGACCCCAUACGAGGUCAGGCAGGUCGAAGGCCAAGGGUCCCAGCAUCCGGGAUGGCCCAGAGACUCUGGCCAAGUUGCUGAGCGAGCGCAAAGGAGGAAGGCAAGGAACUGUCUUACAGAGUACCGGGAAUGCACUGCCAGGUGACUAUGUAGCUUACCAGAUAGAAGAGGACCACCUAAGUGGCCACCAGGUACAGGCAAGUGGACGAGAUGUAGUGCCGGCUACCGUGACAGACACACCAAAACUCUCUGGUAAUGGCAACACAUGGCUGAGUCCAUUCCCUCCUGCUGGCGUGGAGGCCAGUAAUGACGAUGACGACCCAGCCUUCUGCAUCUCCGGUGCCCUGACCAUCAAGAGCAGCAACUCUAGCAACAGCAGCGGAGGGGGUGGGGGUUUCGCUGCCGCUCUUGGGCUUGGCCAGGGUGGGGGCAGGGCUGGGGGUGGUAGGGGCAGCGGCUGCCACUCUAGCACCGACGAGCCAUCCUCGGAGACCUCCAGUUUUAGCCUGCCCCCAACGCCAAGCUCCAACUCCUCAGAGGGCACAGGGGCCUUCGCAGUAGCGCUCUCUGACCAGCUGUCGCAGAUGAUCUCAGCCGACCUGACCCGGCAGGGCUUUGGGUUGGUUGGAGAUCCACUCUAUGCAGAGCUGCCGACUGUCGGCAGCGCCGGGAUAGAAGAUCAUGGGAUACAGGCCUCAUCGCUGAAUGUGCCAUCUCUAACCGGUGCACUUCAUACUUCUCACCCUCGCUCAUCACAGUCAGCUGCCCCAACCAUAGAUGCCUACACAGCAAAUGGCAUUGGGUACCAUUCCAGUGUCCUUCCCUUGUCAGGUGACUUAACCCAGGACACACUCUACAGUAGACCUGUUGAUAACAAGCACUACCCUUACCAGGACCUUGCUAGUCUUCUUGAGAGUCUGGGAUUGAGGACUAAGUACUUCCAUAUUUUUGAAGAGCAGGACGUGGAUUUGAGAGUGUUUCUUACCCUCACAGAUAGUGACUUGAAAGAAGUUGGUAUCAAAUUAAUGGGUCCACGGCGGAAGAUGACUAACGCUAUUGCUAGAUGGCACAGCCAGGCUCGACCGUUCUCAGAAAACCUGGAGCAGGUCUAUGCAGACAGAGUGGAGACUGCCAUGCAGGAGAUGGCCAUACAGUUGCAGGAGGCCAUGGUCAAGAAGGGAGAGCUGGAGGCCCAGGUGAUGCAGGAGAGGGAGCUGAGGAGCGUGGUGGAAGGCUGCCUAAUGGAGGACCGCAAGACCUACCAGCAGCUUCUAAGCCUGGUAUCUGACGCCCGCAAGCUUUGCCACAACAUGAGGCAGCUGUACGACAGUGUCAGGUCCUGUCAGACGGAGCUGAUACGGAGACUCCAAACUGGGCCCUCGUUCAUCCCAAAGGAUGUCCGAUUCGACAGCCUCCCCCAGCAAUUCAGCUCCCAGCUCCAGUUGGACCGGCCCCACAGGAGGAGUGCCGAGAGCCCCUCCCCACCCCCUGCCCCAGACAAAAACCCCCUGGUCAGUGCCAUCACCUCCAGCCUUAUCACCGGCGAUGCCCUGCUAGGUGCUGGCCAACCGACUGCCUCAUUGAGCACUGGCACUUCACUGGCUGGAUCGGCUGCCACUGUGCAUUUACCUGCCACAAGCCAGGAGGGGGAGGAGCUGGCCAAGCUCACCAUGAAGGACCUACUGAGCAUGCUCAGUCAGGGCUCGCAUCAGCUUGGACGGGCAGUCGCCAUGGCAACCAACAACAUAGACCAACUUAUCGAUGGGCAGACAGUGAAUUUCUCUCCCAACUCAAGUGGAAACUCUCUCCCAUAAAAAAGGGAGCAUUUCAUAAUUGUGAACGGUCGGAACGUUCCCAUUGAAAUGCUGUGUUCUCAUUCCGGAACGGUCGGCCGUUCCCAGAGUUUGAGGCAGUGACAUUUGAAUGUGUAUUUAUAAGAGAUAUUCCAAAUAAGACUUUCGUGAGUUAAAUUUGAAUAGAAUCUCGUACAUGGAGUUUUUAAAUUCACAUGAACAUAAUAAUUUGAAUUCUCUGUACGAAAGACAAUGUUGCCAUGCCUCGUGAUUUGGGGCAAACUUUUGCUUAGUUAGAUAAGAGGUACCUCGCAGUAAUUCACUGUCUUCAAUGGAUAUGAAGGGCACAAAGGAACCAGUCCAUUCCAGAGAUGGUGGUCACAGCAACAGUGUCUUUAUUUGUUCGUUGGCUAUACCUUCGCAAAUUAAUUGCUUGUCACUUGGACUUUGAAGGUUUCUCUGGCUCGUGUUUCUUAUCUAGGUGCUGGUAUUGUCGUACCCUAAUUUGCUGAAAUGCUUGUCUAUCGGAUAUCUCCUUUAUGAUGUCGACCCGCUCAAGUCCUGGUUGUAGGGAUUGGACUUUCGUCCGUAUGCUUGGUGCGUUUUUACGUGCUGGCUGAAUUAAUAAGGCUUGCUUUGUUGGGUGUGAGACAUCGCGUCUGACCUGAUGCGAGAUGCACUUGAGAAAACUGACGUGGAUGAAAUCCUUGAGUGGUACUGUGCCAAAAGAUACAUCCAGAUCAUCAUUUGUGUACUUAAGUGUCAUAGUAUCCUCACCAGAAUCAGCUAUUUUUCGGCUAAAACCAUCAGGCGUCACUUGGUACAAACAAUUGUCCUAAAAUGACGUCAAUUUUGCUAUCUUUAGUCUGGAGGACUUAAUGAUUAUGUUUAUGUGCAGUCAGAUAACUCAGUGUACCAGACUUAUAGGUUCCCGUAUUGCAAUGUGCGUGUACGCGCUUAGGAUGCCGUUUACCAGCGACGAGGCAACCAAAAUUCUUUACGUAGGGAAGUGAUUUUAACGUACAUUUCAACGUCGCAGAUUCAGACACAGUGGUCUGACCCAGUGACAAAAUGAAUCAUUUUGAACUUGUUACACAUUGGCCUUUUAUUUGCGUAUAUUGGUUUUUUGAAGAACACCCCGGUUCUCUGUUUCUGAGGUCUUUUCGUCGUCCACAUUGCACGCAAGUACGUUGACCAAGUCACAGAAAAUUUCAGCGUUAACAGUUCCUAGAGGCAACUAUCGAUCUAUUUUUAUGAUUUCUGAGUGGAAAAAUUAGUUUUACAGUCCUGCAUCAUUAAGACAUAUAAUUCUUUGAGUUAAUCUGUUUUUCAUCGAGAAUUAUUUCUGCACGGAAUUCCGUGCUUGGGGAGCGCCAUCUUGUGUGACGUCACACGCAUGAGUGGAGUUAGAAAACAAGGAAUAAAUGAAUAUCGGUACUUAUUUUACGCUAGUGUGGGUGGAACGGCCGUGCAAAAGGCUUGUUAGGACGACAAAAGGUGCCAUGCAGCCUGCCCUUGAAAGCAACUGGGAUGAAUGAAAGAAACUUGGCCUCUGUAACGUGAGAUGUGCGUUACUCAGGAGAACAGACCUUGGUCCUUUUUUCACCUGAUCGGACUGCCCACCGCUACUUGUAAGUGAGGCCUAUGCAGCAAAAUAGCCUGCAAGAACUGUGAUGCUAAUGCAUUUUUGUAUGAUACAAUACAUUAGCCCUAACUCCCGAGGAUGUGUACAAAAUCAUAUUAAAAUUGGAGGAUUCAGGGCUGUUACGGUUAAGCAAACUUGUAAGUGAGGCUAGUUAGCGUCACAAAAAUUUGCAAGCAGAAGGCUCGAACAAGCCUUACUUAUAGGUUUGCCUACUGUAUUGCAACUUACGAUAAUGUAUUAGCAUCACUGUUAGAGCAUGGCUAUUUUGCUGCACAGGCCUCACUUAUAAGAAGCGGUGGGUAGCCGGAUCGGGUGCUUUUUUUUGCUGCUAUAUGGGUCAAUCCAUGAGGUUUGGGGUACAAUUUGUGACGGUGUCUUUGUUACAUGGGUAACUUUUACCACCUGUCAUGACCUGUAGAGUAGAUCAUUU